AUGACUGGAAUAGCAUUCGGACGCUUUGAUGAUUCUUUCAGUUUGAGCUCAAUCAAGGCCUAUAUUGCUGAGUUUAUCUCAACCUUGCUUUUUGUUUUUGCUGGUGUUGGUUCAGCCAUAGCCUAUGCUAAGUUGACAUCAGAUGCAGCUCUUGAUCCUGCUGGGUUAGUAGCAGUUGCAGUUUGCCACGGUUUUGCUCUCUUCGUUGCUGUUUCUGUUGGUGCCAACAUUUCUGGUGGCCAUGUCAACCCUGCUGUGACUUUUGGAUUGGCUCUUGGUGGCCAGAUCACCAUCCUCACUGGUAUCUUCUACUGGAUUGCACAGCUUCUUGGCUCCAUUGUAGCAUGUUUUCUUCUCCAGUUUGUCACUGGAGGCUUGACAAUUCCCAUUCACAGUGUGGCAUCCGGAGUUGGAGUUUUUGAAGGGGUUGUUACUGAGAUCAUCAUAACAUUUGGUUUGGUUUACACUGUGUAUGCUACAGCAGCUGACCCCAAGAAAGGAUCAUUGGGGACAAUUGCACCCAUUGCAAUAGGUUUCAUUGUUGGUGCAAACAUCUUGGCAGCAGGGCCUUUCUCUGGAGGGUCAAUGAACCCAGCACGCUCCUUUGGCCCUGCAGUUGUUAGUGGUAACUUCCAUGACAACUGGAUCUAUUGGAUUGGACCUCUCAUUGGUGGUGGUUUGGCUGGCCUUAUCUAUGGCAAUGUGUUCAUGCGCUCUGACCAUGCACCUCUUUCCACUGAAUUUUGAU